CUGCAGUUCUGUUCUGUCGGCAGAUCAUAACUUGGGCUUUGUCAGCAACUCGGACCACUAGAAACAGCAGCCAGACGCAGCCAAAAUGCAGCACAACCCCGCACAGGACCACCACUUCAGCAGAGGCAUGCUAGUCUCCCCCACGCAGUACAUAUCCUUGCAAUCUGUCAGCGAUUGGAAACGCAAAGCCUGUUAAGCCUUUUCCAUUGCUGAAUCAGGCCAGAUGUGCAUCCAUUGGGCUGCGCCAUACUCCAAGACUGGAGUGAAUCGCUUCUUCUCUUCGCAACUACGUUCAGACUCAUUGCAUAUUCCACUCACCACUACCUGGGCUGACUGUUUGCACUAGAAACAACGUCUAUACGAUUACAAAAUGCGAUCCCAGCUCCUCCAACGCCUGGCUAAGGUCAAGGCGAAAGUUAGCUUCGCGAAAACAAGCGAGGACGGGGGAGGCAUCCCCAGCGGCCAAGGGGGGGGUACUAGUAGCAUUUCGCUCCCACCAACUCCCGCCACGUUUUUAAAGAACGAUAACGACAUGGCCCAUGGAAUCCAUGACCCAGACACCGUCGUCAGCAACAUUGCACGCGCGUCGCCCACUCCUCCAGCACGACUUUGGGAAUCCGCCUACGCCAAGCUUCUCGCCAAUCCCGAGCUCGCCUCGCUCGUUGAAACAUUUCAACAGCGGCUAGGCGAGUAUGGCGAGAUCAAUCCAGUGACUACAGACACGACGGCGCUCGAGGCAAGUGAAGUGGACGCGGCGACACGACAGCUGCUACGAACCCAGCAACUUGCCCACGCCAAGCUUGAACGACUCUCAGACACAUAUCUCUCAUUCCAAGUUGGACAGAGGAAGAUUGUCGUUCGAGAACAGGUCUCCAAGGUGGUGAAAUUCGUGUUAAAGUUCAAGGAUGUGAUUUCUUCAGCCAUCUCAGCGGAGCCGCAUGCUGGGCUGGCCUGGGCCGGUAUUUUAGUGAUCCUCCCUAUGUUGGAAAAUAUAUCCAAGCAAGAUGAGGACGCCUUGGCAGGCGUGGAGCUACUUUCGUUGUGGCUUGUGCGAUAUCGUCUGAUCGAGGACGAAGUUAUAAGUUCCACUGAUAAGCCCUACGGGCGGCAGAAUGAAGAGGCUGUCACGACAAAACUCGAGACGCAAAUUAUUGAGCUCUAUUCCGACAUAUACGCUUAUCUUAUGAGGGUCGUCGUCGAGUACACCCGUGCCAAGCCCAUCAUGAUGAUGAGUAAGGCUGUCUGCCGGUACGAUUGGGUGCAAAUGGUAAAAGAGAUGAAGAAUAAGGAGGAAGAAAUAUGGAAAAGCCACGCCAUCCUAUCUUCCAUAGCUGUGAAACAGAGCCUUGAGACUCUGGCGGUUAGCAACGAUGCACUGAAGGAUCUCAUGCAGGCUACUGUGGCGACGGUCAAUGCAUCGUAUGACUUCAGCCUGCUUACUUCCAUCCAAUCGGCAGAUCAAGCCUUAUUCGACUCUCGAGAGGUCCGCAAACAAGGCAAAUGCCUCCCCGGAACCCAAUGCGCCACACUUGAUGCCAUCGGAGAUUGGUUGGACGACCCGGAUAGCGAAGUCAUAUUUUGGUUGCAUGGGAUGGCCGGUACCGGGAAGACUAGUAUUACUCGCACGGUUGCCGACGCGCUUGACGAAGGAGUACCUUUUCGACCUCUUGGGUCCAUGCCUCGGAUGGCUGUUCUAGGGGCGAGCUUCUUUUUCCGCCUAACUAACGAGAGAAUGGAUCCUGUGGAAAUACUGUUUUUCACCACACUCGCCAGCAGCCUGGCCCAGCGGACACCGCUGCUCCAGGAGCAUGUCAUCCGAGCCAUCAGCGAGGAGCGCCGUUUCGCUGGCAAGGACCCCUCCUUCCAGAUGGACCAUCUUAUUCUCAGGCCACUCUUAUCGCUAAGCAGCAAAACAGAAGGCCAGAUGCUGGUCCCGGUACGACUGGUGAUAGUCGUUGACGCCCUGGACGAGUGCAGCGAUGACGUUGAGGCUCAGAGAAUCAUCGAAAUACUUGGGAAGCUCAGAGAGUUGGAUGGCCAUAUUCAAGUUCGGGUCUUGAUCAUCAGCCGCCCAGAGCAACACAUCAAAGACGCCAUUACGGACCAGGGUGCCCGCUUCUUAACUCUAACCAAGGUUCCCCCCUCGGGUCCAGGAGAUGGGGGCAAGGAUGAUAUUACGGUAUUCCUCGAGCAUGAGCGACGUCGGAUCGCUAAGAGCCGCAAGCUCCGACCUAACUGGCUCUGCGACGAAGAUAUCGCUCAACUCCGAGAGAUGGCCAAUGGCCUAUUUAUUCACGCCGCAACUGCUUGCCGCUUCUUGGAUUGCCGACUUGAGCCCGAGUCACGCCGGGAGCGACUUAGUAGUGUUCUUUCAGGUGGUUUGGGGGACGGCACGCCACAAGCUAGCCUCGACAUCAUUUACCGCCAAGUCCUUGGCUUUCGCACAAAGGAUCUUCGUACAGAAGCUGAAAAGCAACGUGCGUUUCGAGACCUCCGGCGUAUUCUAGGCACUGUCGUGGUCGUGUUCGAACCAAUCACAAAACCGGCACUCGUCAGUUUCUCUUCAGACGAUCAAGGAGCUAUGUUCUCGGAUGAAUGGCAAGAAGCGGUACGGUUUGCUCUCGACUACCUUCAUUCCGUCCUCCAUGUUCCUCACAGUAACUCCAGACCUCUGGAACUCGUCCACUUGUCAUUUCGCGACUUCCUCCUCGACGAAGAGAGGGCAGAACACGACUUUUUCAUUGCUGAGUUCACAGCCCACGAAUAUAUCCUUUCGAAAUGUCUCUCGGUGCUCCGACUUGAGCUUUUUCAGGAUAUGUGUAAGCUUCAAAACCUAGGAACUCUGACUUCCGAUCUAUCUCCGAGCCAGGUCAAGAAGCAUUUAUCAACGCCACUUCGAUACGCCUCUAGCUAUUGGGCUCAACACUUGGCCAACCUGUCCAAGUCACAGCGUUGGGCUGUGGGGCUACACGACGAAGGCGAGAUUUACAAGUUCUUGACGACACAAUUUCUCUACUGGCUUGAAGCUUUGUGCCUGAUCGCCAAACCUGGGACCCCAAUCCGCGCCAUAAACCUUGUACUCGACUUGAUUGAUCCCAUCACCUCACCCAAAUUAGCCUCUCUUCUCGAGGAUGCUAAGCGGUUUGUCAUGAGCAACCAAUGGAUCAUCGAGAACGCUCCGCUCCAAAUAUACAUCUCGGCGCUCAUCUUCAGCCCCGCUCGAAGCCUUAUCAGAACCCAGUUCUCAGGUCUUAUUCCCGAGUGGAUACAGCAAAUGCCCAAAGUUGAGGAGCAGUGGAGCCCCGAGCUCUACGCCGUCGAGCUUGUUACACGGUACAUCAAAACUCUCACAUUCUCCCACGAUGGCAAGUUGUUGGGGGUUACAGCUCUGCAUCAAAGGGUUGAGGUAUGGGAUUCUCGUACAGGGACCAUACAAGCGACAUUUGAGGAAUCUGGUUUCGCGCCCACUCGGAUUGCAUUUUCUCCCCAUGACUCGGUUCUCGCAUUGUGGUCCGCGGACGGUUCUAUCAAGUUGUGGCAUCACCCGACAGGCGGGAAACUUGAGAUUGAGCCAGCAUUCAGCGGGGGUAACAAGAACCGUGACAAAAUGCUUGCGUUUACGGCGGACGGGAAAACGCUGAUAGCGUUGACGCACCAGGGCGGUCCCGUGAGAAGAUGGUCUUUGGCAUGUCAACGCCCGGGGGCUCUUUGGCCCCUUGUGUCGACAGUGGUUCAAGACGAUCGCCUACAGGAUCUGGGGCAGAUUGUCCCUACCGAAGGGAUUCUGCGCCCCUCGGUUUGGGAUAUCCAAGAUCGCGCGCCAUCCUCGAGGGGACGCGAUACAUCUAGCAUAUACGUACGAGAUGCGGCAUUCUCAGCCCGCAACGAGGUGCUCGUGUUUGGUUGGAAAGACGAUUCGGACAAGACGGACGACCAACUUGAAGGGAUCGUUCUUUGGUCGGAAAAGUCGCAACGCACUAUCCGCACUUUCAACCAUUUCUGUGACCCGUUCGCAAUCUCGAAAGAUGGAAAUUUCGGUGCCUCCUUCUCUUCUCACACAUCUCUAGACAGCUGGGAGCUGAGUGUUUGGGAUGUGCAAACGGGCAAUGUAUUGACAACAAUGCCUUUGGUUCUUGGCCAACUGCCAGAUACGAUUGCCGUGUCACACAUACCGGGAGAUGGAAUCAAGCUUUUUACUUGUUGGUCUAACGGAGCAUCCAACCGCGGCAGGUUCUUUUAUUUCGACUUGGCUUCAGCCUCGCCAUUGACACCUUCCUGGGACCUCCCUACCAUCAUCACGGAUCCCGGUGGUCCUGGCAUCGAAGUCUCUGGGGACUCACAAUACCUAGCAACGGUAAUCGGCGAUGCCGUCCAGGUGUGGGACCUGCAGGCUAUAUUGUCCAUGAAGCGCGAGGAGACUAGCUUGUCUCCGAGCUCAAACAUAGAGUCCGUUAGUCUCCUCUCGGAUGACCGGGUGGGCAUCAUCUCUUGGACCUAUACAGGCAUAUCAUAUGCUAUCUGGGAUAUCUCGACCGGAUCCUGUUCCGAAACACAUUACACCUGGGGGAACCCCUUUAUGGGCCCCACAUCGAAGCCGAUCUUCUCUCUAGACGGCCAGCUUGUGGCUCUGCAGAAAGGGAACUUUGGGGAGGAGCAUAUUGUUGUCUCGAACACAAACAUGACACAAGUCUAUGCUAGCUUUGACUUGGAUGGCGAGGUUUGGUUUUCUGAUGAUAGCCAGGUCCUCGCAAUUUUGGGUAGUGGGAGGAGAAACAUCCGCUUUUUCCGGAGAGAGGGGUGGGAAAAUAAGGUGACGCUCACGAUUGACAAACAUGAGACAUUGGUUUACGUCUCCUUGUCCCCCACGGCCGACUUUGCGAUCGUCGUGGUGAACAUCGGCGAAGAAGGGGGGGAAGACCAAGAAGUUGGGGGAGCCCUGCGCUUAUAUAACUUGGCCACCGGCAAUCUCCUCGCAGCCUCCGUGGUUGGUCGCCAGGUGGAGACAAAGAAUAUGUGGCUUAAAGGUGUUUUAAAAAGCCCGAACAUUGCAUUUUCAUCUUCGGGGAACAAAUUUGCAUUCCAGCCGGCUUGGAAUUUCUAUAUGGAUCGGAGUUUACAGCCAGACUGGGAGAAGGUCAGCGACAUAACCAAGCUCACGAUGGUCGACACGUCAUCGGGGCAGAUCAGGGACGUGAAUAUACCGAGACCACUGUCGGAAAUUUUAGGGGAAUCGCUUUUCAAACACACAUCAACGGUCGUAUUCAGCAAAGACGGCAGUCGUGUCGCAAGUCUUCUUAGUUUUUGCCCUGGACGUGCACAUAUCGCGGUCAUUGACCCUAGAACUGGCCAACAGAUCCAAACAGUUCUGGCAGACUCUCAUAUCAACAAUCUAGCCAUCUCAACAACCGGAUUGGUUGCUGGCGUAUCUCCCAGAGGCUAUGAACAGAAAAUCACAGUCAUUAGUCUUUGGGAUGAGAGAUCUGGAGGGAAAAUAGGAAGUUACGAGAUUGACGCCAUACCAAAGGGAAUUCAAUUUGACAGCGAGUCAGGCUGCCUAGUUGAUCUCAUUGGCCGCUUGCCACUCCCGAGAUCGGACGAUCACGCCAUCGAACCCGAUGGCGUUACCAAGGACAAUCAUUUCUGUCUCCAUGUCACGGAUGAGUGGAUUUCACAGGGAUUUGAGAGGUUGAUCUGGCUUCCUAUGAGAUUUAGACCGUCUUCGAACCGUGACGCUGUUCAGGUCAGCGGGGAGAGAGUGGUGAUUGGAGCGAGUGGGAAGUUGAUCUGCAUGGAGUUAGAUCUCGCGAAGUGGCGCUAGAAGGCUGUAUCAAACUUCAAUAUCUGUAAAUUAGUCUAGGCUAGGUGGAACUUGGUGAGGACUGUCAAGCUGCC